CAAAGUUUCUUUAUGGUCUCUAUUUUAUGUUUAUAACUGAUAAAUAAAGUGUGUAAGCCGAACAUAACGCGGUCCACUUUAAAAUGGCAAGUACGUCGUCGAAAGCAAGGGCUGGGAAUGACCCUGUGAUACCCUCACAGCUGAGGAGUAGAACACACAAUCCAGACGAGACGUAUGUAGCAAUAUGUGAAAAACAGGGAAUCAAGCCGAAUGCUGCUGUCAGAGUCGCUCUGAAUAAUGAAUUUGUGAAAGUCUUAGAGAUUUUUCCAGACCAGUUUGAAGUCUCAGAGCUACCAGCAUUGGGCGAAAUUCUGAAGCACGAUACCAAGAUCGAGUACGUGAAGAUGCCAAACUGCCAAUUAGGCGCAACUCUAUGCUAUGUUUUUGCUGGAGUUCUAAAAACCAACAGAACUAUCAAGAAAUUGGAUUUUAGUUACAAUCGACUAUCACCGGUGGCCUCGAAAGAACUUCUUCGAGCAGUAGCUGAUAAUCCGGUUAUUGAACAUAUCAGGCUUCGAGGCAAUCAUCUUACGGAACACAUAUGCCAAGAGAUAGCAGGGGAGCUCGAGAGAAACAUAACAUUAAAACAUCUAGAUAUAACAAACAAUGACAUGGACAUGAGUGGAGUAGUACUGUUGAUAAAUGCGAUGCCGGAAUGUGAUGUGGAGUAUGAAGGAAACUUCUGGGCUGCUGAGAUCGCUAAUAGCAUAAGCCACGGCCUGGGGAUAGUUCUCAGUUUCAUCGGUGGAUAUUAUCUUAUUAAAGAGGCGUCACGACCUGUUCAUCCCACGAUCUACCUUGUCUCUUGCUGGAUUUUCCUUUCUUCGCUCGUGGCCUUGUAUACUUGCUCGACUCUGGCCCAUUCCUUUCAUCGCAUGAAAAUCACCGGAAGAAUGUUUGUGAUAUUAGAUCAUUCUUGCAUCGCCGUCUUGAUUGCUGGCAGCUACACACCAUUCUCGUGGGUGAAUUUGGGUCACACUUUCGCCGGACCUGCUUUGGGGAGCGCGGAGUGGAUACUGGCCGUCUUCGCUAUAGUGCUUUCCUUCCAGGGCAAGAAGUACGCCAAGUACGAGCUCAUAGUUUUCCUGCUAAUGGGUUGGGCUGCAGCAGUACCGUUUCGGGAACUCAUGGCGUGCAUGCAGAUGGAUGGUGUAUACUUGCUUGCGCUCGGAGGCGCCUUCUACACUUUCGGCGUGGGGUUUUAUUUGGCUGGACGCACAAAGCCAAUGCUACACGCUGUGUGGCACUUUAUGGUUCUGAGUGGAUCAAUUUCCCAUUAUUUCUGUGUUUUGUGGUACGCGAGACCAUGUACGACUAUGCCUUCCGCCAUACCACUGGACGAUCCGCUGGCUGGAAGGUUUAUAGACUUGUAGAUAUAGUGACGAGACAUGCCAGUUGUAUUAAAUCUUGCAAUGUAAUAUGA